UUUGUGUGCGUCAGUGGCGCGAGUUGUUCGACUUUAUUUAUUUUUUUGUUAUGACGCAGUGAAAUUAAUAAUUUCAUUUCAUUUCAUUUAAAAGUCAUUUAGAAGCAAUAACACGUAAUCACUCAUUGUGACGAUGAAGUUCCGAGCAAAGAUAAACGAUGUUGGAUGUCUCAAUCAUUUCACACGUGUGGUGAAUACCAUUACAAAACUCACAAAGACUUGUGUUGUGCGACUUACUGUUGACAACAUUUUCUUUGUCCUUUCUGGAAAAGUUGCCAAUGGAGGCGUCAGUAUGUGGUGUGAGUUAUUGCAGGUUAAUUUUUUUGAUGAAUAUCAACUGGAAGGUGUAUCAGAAGAUGCUAAUGAAAUAUGUUUAGAAAUAAAUCCAGAGAACCUAUUCCGGGCUUUAAAAACUGCACAGAAUGCUAAGUCUGUCAAAAUAAAGCUGACAAAGAAGCACUGUCCAUGCCUCACUCUAGCUGCAGAGCUGCCUUCCCUUUCAUCCCUUAGUCGCAUUGUCACCCAUGACAUCCCUGUGGACGUCAUUCCCAGAAGGCUUUGGCAUGACUUUAAAGAGCCCAGUAUGCCAGACUUUGAUGUUAGCAUAUAUUUACCCCCUCUGAAGACUAUGAAGAGUGUGGUAGACAGAAUGAAGAACCUGUCCAACCAUUUGGUAGUAGAGGCUAACCUAAGUGGUGAAAUGAACUUAAAGAUUGAAACAGAUCUAGUUUCCGUGACAACACACUUCAAAGAUCUUGGAAAUCCUCCAUGGGGCGCCUCACAGUCUCAAAGUCAGAGCAGAGAUGUCGAGGCCAUGGCUCAUGCACGAGUGGAUAUUAGGAAACUUCAGCAGUUCCUUAUGGGGCAACAAGUCAACCCAACUAAGUCUAUGUGUAAUAUUGUUGACAAGAGGAUUAUUCAUUUGAUUCUCCUUCAGGAAGAUGUGUCUCUUCAAUACUUCAUCCCAGCUGUGGUGUAGUUGGAAGUUUUUAAAUUCAAAUUUUCUUUCCACACUGAUGGAAUGUUUAUUUAUGAUAAAAUUCAUUCAUUACUGAUAAAAUGUUUCCCUGAGGACACAAGGUGUUUUGCAACUAGUACAGGGAACAAGUGAUUGAUUUCCAGGAAAAUGUGAUGCAGUUCAUAGUUCGUUUUUUUUUUUUUUUUAAUCAGCGUUUACUUUAAUUAAAUAUG